AUAUUUAGCUGAACCGAUCAUUACAGUACGGGAUACACCAGUUUUUAUCUGUUGUUUUUUUUUUUUUAAGACCGUAGAAAUGUUUAUGUUUUUUUUAAACGGUUGGGGCUAAUGACGUAAUAUCCGUCACUGUUUUUGGGUUACGUACUGCGCAUGCCCAAGAAACCCCGGAAGUGAACGUUGUUUUUCAUGCAGCCCGCUCGUGUAGCUGCUGAUGCGGAGCGCGCCAGAAUCUCCGGCUAAUCGAUGACGUACCAAAGACCUGUUUGUGUCACAUGACCUUCGACAUCCAAUCACAGGCUAACCUUCAGGCAGCAUCUGUGACCAGUGACAGCCAAUGAUGUUCCAGCUUUGGUUCUCCUAAUUAGCUUGUUUCUGCAUUACCAUGAUAGCUCCAGAGGUCUCGCGUUCUGCUCACAAGAAGACAAAAAGGAAGCUGGAACCUCCUGCCAGUGUCGACUCUGAUGCUCCUGUGAAGAACAAGAAGAAGAAGAAGAAGGAGAAGGAGGAGAAAGCAAAGGAAACAGAGGAGGAGUUUCACCUUCAUCCUGCUGAUGAGCCGACGCUGAGUCCAGAGAAGAAGAAGAAGAAAAAGAAGAGAGCAAAUGAAGAGGAGGAGGAGUUUAACCUUCAUCCUCCUGAUGAGCUGAUGCUGAAUCCAGAGAAGAAGAAGNAGAAGAAGAAGAAAAAGAAGAGAGCAAAUGAAGAGGAGGAGGAGUUUAACCUUCAUCCUCCUGAUGAGCUGAUGCUGAAUCCAGAGAAGAAGAAGAAAAAGAAGAGAGCAAAUGACGAGGAGGAGGAGUUUAACCUUCAUCCUGCUGAUGAACUGAUGCUGAAUCCAGAGAAGAAGAAGAAGUUGGAAUGUCAGAAGAACCCUCCUGUUCCUGUCGACAUCGACGCUCCUGAGAAGAAAAAAAAGGCGAAGAAGCAGAAGAAGAAAAAGACAGAGGAAUGUGUGAUAGAAGUGACGUCACAGCGAGAAAAGAAGAAGAAGAAGAAGAAACAGACGUCUGUCACCACAGAAAGCCCACAGGUUUCUACAGAAACACAGGUCACCACCACCAAGGAGAAGAGAAACGAUGGAGGCAAGAACAAGAUGAAGGAACUGGAGAAAACGUCGUCCAGCAACGAAGAUGAGAACAGGAGCAGAUUAGAAUCGUUGGACUGGAAACUCGUCGAGGAGCUGGAGGAGUUUAUUCCAGGAGUGAAGAACAAAUCUGUGUCGUUCAUCAGGAUACUGCUGCGAGACGACCUGCAUCGCUUCAGGAGCUUCAGACAGCAAGGUAUUGCUCUGCGUCGGGGGCGGUUCAGUAUGGAGGAGAAUCGACGAAUCAUAUCGAACGUUUCAGACUUCCUGGCUCUGACGGGCAUCAAGUCAGCUGUUGACCUGUUCCCUCAGCUGUCCAGAGAGACGAGCACCUUCACCAGGAAGAUGAGGAAGACGUACCACUUUCAGGAGAGACUCGCAGAGGGAAUUCCUCGUCCAGUGAGUGUUGUUUACACUCGGGCCUUAAAGCUCCUGGAUGACAUCAAUCGGGUGGGCAGGUUCUCUAAGGAGGAGGUGGAGUGUCUCAAAAAGCUCCAGCGGAUCCACGGCAACAACUGGGCUACGAUUUCCAAGAAGAUGGACCGCAGCAACCAUUCUCUGCAGAAACGCUUCUCCACCCUCGAUUCAAAUCAUGGCUACUGGACCGAGGAGGAGGAGCUACGGCUGAAGCGGGCGGUCAAGGACUACUAUGAGACUCAGAUCCAGCAGGACCCGCCGGGAUCUGGUCUGAGCCGAAACCAGCUCUUCAACAACCUGCCCUGGAAGCCCAUCAGCGAGAAGGUCCAGACCCGGUCCUGGCUCCAAUGUCGCAAGAAGUGGUUCAACAUCCUGAAGGACCGUUUGACGACAGAUGGGUCGGUCUUCAGCAGAGGAGAGGAGAACUGCCAGGCUAAGAUCUGCCUCAUCAACACGCUGUACGACAUGUGUGUGGAGGACCCCGCUGACAUUGAUUGGGAUGAAGUUGCACGUACUGUUGGUCAAGUGACUCCCAUGUGCGUACAGAAGGCCUUCAACAGGCUGAAAGUUAAUAAGGUUCCAAACUGGACCCGCUUAUCAUACGACGAGAUCAUCUCCUUCAUGAAGCUCCACGUGGUUCCGUACCUGAUGAGCAGAGUGAAGUCAGAGGCCAGGUGGGCGGAGCGACGGGAACAGUACGGGGAGGACAGGUACGACCUGGCACAGAUUUUCGACGGCGACGACUUGGACGGCAGUUGACCUGAAAGCCAAUCGGAUCCCAGAUGCUGCAGACGCUGACAGGCCCCGCCCACUUUGCUGUUAUUGGAUGUCAUCUCUUCCUCUGAACAGCAAGAGGAAGUGGACUGAAAGACUUCUCUUGAAAAUUUUUAUUCAUCAAUGCGAUUUUUGAGUGUUUGUGUUAACAUUUUAAACUUUAAUACUGAUCACUUAUCUAUGUUUUGUUUACUUUAUUUGACCACUUCAGGAUUCAAACUGUUGACGAUUGAUCAAUAAUAAAAUAUCAAACUGA